AUGGGUUGGCUUUGGGGGAGUUCGGCUCCCGAGAAGCCUGCAACAUCGCAGAGCUCAGAGCAAGCUCCCACGGCAGCGCAACCAUCACCAACCUCAACGUCCUCUCCAGAGACAGACCCCGAGAUCACAAAGUUCCUCGAGGAGCUGGCGGGAGAACUGAGGAACGCACGGAAUGCAACAAACCAGACUGCUUCCUCGCAGCAGCCACAUACACCGCAGCCUUCAGCGGAAGCAUCAAGAACCCCACCAACCGCACCCAAGGCCUCAUCGUCCUGGUCCUCGUGGUGGUCUGGUUCUGCGAGCUCGCCCCCGCCCUCAGAAGCAGACUCAUCAAGCACAGCCCAAUCAACACCACCAGGGACCCAAGAGCCAAUAGCAACCACCACCGAACCCUCCGCUCCCGCCGAGCCGCGCCUCUCCCCGCUUGCCGAGUCCAUCCUCCCGACGACGAUGGACUGCGAGCAGGCCUUCAACCAGGCCUUCUACUGCCAGUCGCUGGGCGGGCAGUGGAACAACAUCUACCGGUACGGCAGCGUGCGCUCCUGCAGCGAGAACUGGGACGACUUCUGGUUCUGCAUGCGCGUCAAGGGCUACCAGGCCGGCCCCGUCAAGGACAACAUGAUCCGCGAACACUAUAGGAAGAAACACCUCGCCAAGUACGGUGAUGGGAAGCCGAACAGUGAGGACGUCUGGCGCGAGAGGCACGAGAGGGUGCCGCCUGGGUCCGCCUUCAGCGAGCAGGUCGAGGCGCCUACCGUGAGCGAUGCUGAGUAUCAGAAGUGGGAGAUGGAACGGAUGGAGAAGAUCAGGGCUGGCACAACCUCAUGA